AUGUGGUUGGCAUACAUGAGGUAUACGGCUAGGACACUGGUCAGGCAGAAUUGUGUUACCUGUGGGCAUGCAAGACCUGGGUUGGCAACCCACCCAUUUGCCUUAGGAGAAGGGGAAGGAUGGCAGUGCAUAUUGGAAGAGUUUUACCAUUCACUGCCAAACACCACCCUGUGCAAAGCCCUAAGUUUGAUUUUCCCUGAGGUUCCCCCACAAAAGGCACCUGCAGGAGUUCAGGCUUAUGGAGGUAAUUACAGUUGCAUUACUGGAACAGAUAAGGGUGUUAACUAUGGUAGGCUACCACCAGGGGACUGUGCUGUGAAUGUAACUAUGAACAGCACUUGGCCAGUAGAGGGUAAAACCCAGACAAAGGGGGUGGCUGAUGUGUGGUGGAUCUGUGGACCAAAUAGAAAACUAACCCCGAUUCUAAAGGGGGACUGGCAGGGCACGUGUGCAUUUGCCAGUUUGAUUGUACCUCUGACCAUUAUUGAUGUUUCCUCCUACCAACUUUUGGGGAUCGCCCAGCUAGCCCCAGACAGAGAGAGAAUGAGGCGGGGGAGACGUAGUGCCCCAUGGUCAGCAGGAGAGGAGAUCCACUCUAACCUGUUGGGGGUGCCUGUGGGAGUACCAUUACAGUUCCAGGCACUCAACAGGAAUGAUGGGUUGUGGCAUUUGUUGCCAAUCAUAGGUCCUGCCAUAGAUGCUGCUAAACAGCGAUCUUGGAUAAAUUACAUCUAUUAUAACCAACAGCGAUUUGUUAACUACACACGCACUGCCCUGACUGGAAUGUCCGAACAACUAGAGGCCACCUCUAGGGUGGCUAGGCAAAAUAGACUAGCACUUGAUAUGAUGCUUGCUAACCAGGGGGGUGUGUGUAAGAUGUUUGGGGAACAAUGCUGUACGUUUAUUCCUAACAAUACUAGCCCUGAUGGGAGCAUCACAAAGGCCCUUGUUGGCCUGGAUAAGUUGUCAGCAGAAAUGAGGAGCAUAGCUGGAGUGGGGAGUGGUGGGCUGUUAUCCUGGUUGAGUGACUGGUUCGGUAAGUAUUCUUCUAUGGUGGUUACUGGAUUUCUGACCCUAGUGAUUGUGUUUUUGCUGUUAAUGUGUUGUGCUGCUUGCAUCAUCCCCUGUCUCAGGAAGUCAGUGGUAGGAGUGGUGCAGGCGUCAGGUAUGAUGCCGUUGUUACCGGCCCAGGAUGAUGCGGAUGACUCUGCUACUGACUCUGAGACCAAGCUGGAUGAUCCAUGGUUUGCCAAAAAAAAAAAAAAAAAAAAAAAAAACGCUUUUAUUUUCUGUUCUUGCUCAUUUUUUACCUUAUGUUUUUACUAACCACUGUGAUUGUUUAUUCCUCCUGAUGUGAAGGUAAAGGAUUCCUGGGUGGCUGGUAGCCAACUCAGUACAUGUUAGGUGUAGGGGAGACAUAGAGGGUUAAAAUUAUUAUUUUUCUUUUAUUAACAUUUUUUGAUGUGAUUUAAUUUCCAUAUCCUGUUAUACUCAGGGUUGUUUAUAUUCUGUUCAAACUGUUAUUUGGAGUGACACCAUAAAUGGUGUCAACAGAGGGAAUCCUAAAUUUUCCCUUUCACAUUUUUUGAAUCACACCCUAGAGGGUGUCAAAAGGGAGUCAAAAUGUACUUCCCCGUUUGUGUUUUAUGUUUUAAUAUUCUUGUGUUUUGUGUUCUAUUAAUCCUGUGUUUUAUGACUUAUUAUUCAAGUUAACCAUUUUGUUUGUAUUGUAUUUUAAUGAAUGACACCCUGUGUUUUUCUUAUUUUGGGUUCACACCCAGUGGGUGUGAAAAGGGGGAUUGUGGGGAUUUAUUAUUCUCAUAAAUGGAUGGGAUGACUAGCUUGGAAGGAAUGCAUUAAUGAUUAAGGCAUGGAGGGUCUGUACUGUGCUGAUGUGGGUUGUUUCACCUGGCAUGCUGUGAUUGAUGUGAGGAGCUGUUUUAGGGAGUAGGGGAAGAUAAUAAUUUAUGUCUCCAAAUACUAGACUACACUGCUUCUUUGUGAUCUGUGAACCGUCCUUGGACGUAGGAAUGGUGUCUAGGGGAGCUGGCUCUUCUUACCAUGACAGGUUGUUAUGAUAAGAACUUAUGCCUGGCAACAGUGUGCAACGGUGGAGCGCCAAGAGGCUGGGACCAGCCGGUGCGCCAACGGAUUGGCUGAGUAAGUCUAAACCACGCUCAGUCUCUACUCUGAUAGGCCCAGCAGGGAGCGGGAACUAUGUCUGUCAGAGUAUUUUAAGGAGAACUCAUAACAAUGGAUUAGUUCUCUGAAUGCCCUGUGAGGUAUUUCAGUGGACCCGUAUAUACGAACAUCAUAUUUACCAUUGAAGGUUUUGCAUUAAUUAAAAUACUAGUAUAUCUUAGAAGUCGUGUUGACCUCUUUUGUCCCAAAUACCAGAUUUGAAUUGACGCAACAUGACACUAUCUAGGCCAAAUUGUAUCUCCACUAAUGUUUGAGAGGAGGAUGCUGUCUGCAAUGGAAAAAAGGUUGACACUGUGCAACAGUCCACUACCCUUAUGCAAAUACAUCCCAAAAUACUCCAAAAUCCACCAUAACCCAAGUCUUGUCUUAAAGUUCAGGCAUAGUCUAGACAGCUCAGUGAUGCUCGGUUAGACCCAGAGUGCAUAAGAAAUGUUAUCUAAUUCAGAGUCAUAUUUUCUAGAUUAUUAAAAAUGUUAUUAUAAUACUUGUGAUGAAAUUUAAAUCCUCCCUAAGCCAUUGCAGGAUUGGAGUCCUGUGGUCGUUCGCAUUGCAGAGAGGAGAGUUAGUAUAUAGACUGUAGAUUCAUAUUGCUUUGUUUGAACUAGUAAGGGUGCUCUAGCCUAGUACCAUGUUCAGACCCAUUUUGCCAUAAGGUGAAAAUAUUUUAACAAUUCGAGAGCUUGGGACUAUAAGGUUAUAUCUGCAAAAAGUUGAUUCAGAGAUAAUUGGCUUUAAAGUUCCGAUCCCUCAUUGGUUUGAAUGGUGUCAGCAAUUUUUAUAUUGUAUUAUUUUGAACUUAACAACAUGAAUUGGGAUAUUUAGAGUACUCUAUAGGUAGAGAACAUUGAACAGAACAAGGCUAUGUCAAUAACUCGAUUUUGACAAAAAUGAAGAUAGAACUUUAUAGUCCCAAGCUCUCGAAUUACCAAAAUACACACCGCAUUCAUGGAUAUCUAAACUAGUAACUUCCCUGAUACAUGUGUAAAUAUUGUACUAUAAAGAGUGCCUUCCUGUAUAAUACUUAUGCUAAAAUGUUUAUUUUCUUCUACUGAGCCAUUUACGCUAUGUUCAUAUUCUUAUAUUUUAUUAUUUCUUAUUGUUGUUGCAUUGUCGAGAAGGAACCUGCAAGUAAGCAUUUUGUUGGAUGUGUAUACCAUGUGUAUCCUGUACAUAUGACUAAUAAUUCAACUUUUGUAGGUUUUGUCAAGUCAAGGACAAGCAAGCAGACCACAAACAAUUAGAAACUCUAAACCGGACGCACAAACAUCCCACCUCUACACAGGUAUUUCAGGGCCUUGAUAAAGAAAGAGCUUCUCGCAAGGCACUGACAAAAACCACUCUCCUCUCUAUUCAAGGUCUAUUUUAAAAGCCUCCUACUCCUUAGCAGCAACAGCAGAAGAGAUGUUGGACACAUCAGCGUGGUAGUAAGCCGAGGGCGAAGUCAAACAUCACACACUACACAACGGGCCGGAGACAGCUCCAUUUGCCACAGUUUCGCCUGCUGGUACCUCAGCUUCGACAGGGGUGCUGACUCACAGCUGAUAUGA